GUUGAGUCUAUUAUGCAAUGCUGCUAGAUCAGUCAAGUGUAUAAAUGGGGCUGAAAGAAACAGCAUAAACCCCAUCUCUAUCUCCAAUCAAGAAGAAAAUGAAAUGCUUUCAGGUUCCAGUUCUCCUGAUACUGCUGAAUUCUAAAUUUAUAUUUGCGGUUCCCUUGACUUCUGAGAUAAGUGAAGAUGACUUUGGUUUUGCUAAGGAUUAUCUCAAAAAACUUUAUGAAUUUGAAGAUAAUUCUGUUCUGAAAACAAGCAGUGAAAACAGUCUAAGAACAAGUGUUAUGAAAUUGCAAAAGUUCUUUGGCCUCCUGAUAACUGGUGAGCUGGAUCCCAUAACCUUGGAAAUAAUGAAGAAACCUAGAUGUGGAGUUCAUGAUGUUCUUCAAUACAAUCACUUUCCAGGCAAAGUCAAGUGGCAACACAUGAACUUGACAUACAGAAUCACCAAAUACACACCAGAUAUUGAACAGAAGCAAGUGGAUAGAGCUGUUAGGGCAGCUUUCAAAUUGUGGAGUGAUGUCACACCAUUAACUUUCACCAGGAUUUUGGAUGGUGAAGCAGAUAUUAUGCUUAGCUUUACACCUAAAGAACAUGGUGAUGGGUAUCCAUUUGAUGGACCUGAUGGUUUUCUGGCCCAUGCUUUUCAACCAGGAUCAGGACUUGGAGGUGAUGUUCAUUUUGAUGAAGCUGAAACUUGGUCGAUGGACACAAAAGGAUACAACCUAUUCAUGGUGGCUGCUCAUGAAAUUGGUCAUGCUCUGGGACUGGCUCAUUCGCAAGAUGUGGGGGCUUUGAUGUUCCCCACAUAUACAUAUUCUAGUAUUCAAGACUUCAGUCUACCAUAUGACGACGUUCUGGGGAUUCAAACACUGUAUGGUUCAUCAAAUAAACCUGACCCAAAACCUCACCCAAAGACUCCAGAGAAAUGUGAUCCUUAUCUGUCCUUCGAUGCUGUCGGUAAAAUACGUGGAGAAGUUAUGUUUUUUAAAGACAGGUUCUUUUGGCGUGUUCACCCACAACUACCCAGUACAAUGUUAAUGAGAAUCCACUCUCAAUGGCCAGAACUCCCCUCAAAAAUUGACGCGUCGUAUGAAAACGUCAUUAAGGACGUGACUCUAUUUUUCAAAGGAAACAAAUAUUGGGCUGUCAGUGGAUAUACUAUUAUACCAGGAUAUCCUAAGACUAUCCGUGACUUUGGUUUUCCCCAAACGGUGAAGAAAAUCGAUGCAGCAAUGCAAAUUCAUCAGACUGGAAAGACAUUCUUCUUUGUGGGAAACCAAUGCUGGUGUUACGAUGAACGUGCAAAACGAAUGGAUGAAGGAUAUCCAAAAUGGAUAGAAGAUGACUGGCCUGGCAUUGGUGACCAUGUGGAUGCUGCUGUUCAGCACAAGGAUUACAUUUAUUUCUUCCGUGGAUUCACAAUGUUUCAUUAUUAUUACAACAAGAAGCAAGUUGUUGAAAUUGUGUAUGCAAAUUCAGUAGUUUGCAAUUAUUGAAUACAUUUGUGCCAUUUCUUGAAAAUUUCAAAAUUGUGCUAAAGAUUCAAGAAUUAUUACUCUUGUUAUUGCAUUUUGUCAUAUUAAAACUGUUCCAGCUUCUAGCCUUCAUUGUCAUUUGAUCUUCAACUGUAACUAACUUUAUUCAUUAGAAUUGCUGAGCAUUUUCAAGGACUACUUUUCACUUUUAUUUGCUUUUAUCCAAUGGUGACUGUAACAAUUUAAGAAAAUUAAAGCUCUUAUGCAUUCAA